CUAUUCAUCAUCAGCAAAUCAUCUACUCAAAUCAUUCAUCUACAGUUUCAAAUUUGACAGUCAAACCAUGAGCAGAAUUGCAAUUUCUUCCACCGGAGACGUCGAUUUUGGUGGUUUAGUGAGCCACUUGCUCGACGUUCCUGACACAAUCGGGAAGAUCAUCCUUCCAUCUUCCCCUUCUCACCAUGAACCCCGCAUCAGCGAAUCAAAAGGCAACAUUCCCACCGAUAUUGUUGACACACCUAAUGAACUGAUUUUCUACAUGGAUGUUCCCGGUUUAUCCAAAUCCGACAUUCAGGUGACAGUGGAGGAAGAGAAGUUGCUGGUGGUGAGAAGCAGUGGGAAGAGGAAGCGAUCGGAGAAUGAAGAGGAGGAGGAAGGUUUCAAGUACUUGAGAUUGGAGAGGACGACUCAGAAGCUGAUCAGGAAGUUCCGGUUGCCGGAGAACUGUAACACGUCGGCUAUCACGGCCAAGUGUGAAAACGGAGUGUUGACGGUGGUGGUGGAGAAGUUGCCUCCGCCGCCUAAAUCCAAAACCGUUCAAGUUGCAAUUUCCUGAUUGAUUGUACUAGGUGUUGUAAUGUAGAUUCUAGUUGUUAUGUAUGUGUUGCUCUGGACUAUAAAAUGGUCAUAUUUUGUGGUAAAUGUUAGCCGUCUGUAGUUUUCGUGUUA